AGAGUCUCCGCCCUCUGUCGUGUCUGAGCGCAGAGUGGAGGGGUAGGUUGAAUCGAGGAGGCUUCGACACUUUGUGGGGAGGGAGCUCUGUUAUUAAUUUGUUGUUUAUUGUUGUUCUGUUGUCGUUAUAAUAGCGAUUGAAAGAUAAUUUAGCGGUAUUCAAGUGCACGCUUUGGAGCCGUUCGCCCGCCGGCCUUUCACGUUGGAAUCGGUCAACUUUUAAGCGCGGAAUGGAGUGCUUAUUCGUGAGUAAGGAGGGCAGGCAUCCUCCCGUAUCCCUCCCCGACGGGAAAUCUAUUCUCCUGGGCCGAGGCCCAAACACGAAAAUCACCGACCGAAAAUGCGCACGCCAACAGGUGGAGCUUAUUGCUGACUACGGUUCCAAGACUGUUUUGGUGAAAAGGCUGGGGGUCAACCCCACGUGGGUGAGCGGCACGGAGCUCCAAGUGGGCGAGUCCGUGCGGCUCGCGGACGGUGGCGUCGUGCUCAUGGUGAACGAGCGAUACCCCUACUGCGUGAUGUUCGGCGGGAGCGGCGGCGGUGGCGGCCAGAAAACCUCCUCCUCUCACUCGGCCUCCAAGCCUGGCGGCCGAUCUGAGUCUCCGCGCAAAACCAUUAAGGACUUCUUCCCGAGCAAGGCGCCCAAGCGGUCGUCUGACGACCCAAAAUCUGGCGACGCGAAGAGGACGCGCGUGGAGGAGUCAUUGGACGGCAACGGGGACCGGAGCGAGCGCGACUCGGGGGGCGAGGAGGAGGAGGAUGACGAGGAGGUGGCGGAGAAGUUGAGGAGCCUCCGUGAGAUCGCUCAGGGUUCAAAGGUCACGGCGACGAUGACGGCAGCAACGGCGUCGUCGUCGUCAUCGUCGUCAUCGUCGUCAUUGUCGUCAAACGCUGUGGCGCUACCUGGCGGGAGAGCGGAUUCCGCACUUGGCUCUGCGUCCGCGUGCACUCGCGACCGCUGGGAGAAGGAGGGAAACCUCCUGCUCUUCACCGCAAAGGGGGUCCGUGCGUCAGCUAAGGUCGCCGGCUUCGACAUUGAUUCAACCAUCAUCACCACCAAAUCCGGACGCGUUUUCGCAACCGGGCCCGAUGACUGGAAGAUCUUGUACCCGGAGGUGCCCAAGAAGCUCAAACACCUCUUGGAAGAUGGCUACAAGGUGGUGUUCUUCACCAAUCAGAUGGGAAUUGCUCGAGGGAAACUGAGAGCUGAUGAGUUUCAGGCCAAGGUGGAGUCAAUUAUAGCCACUCUGGGUCUGCCAGUACAGGUGUUCGUGGCGAGUGGACCUGGCUUGAUUCGCAAGCCCAUGCUGGGCAUGUGGCACCACCUGAUCCAGAAAGCCAACGACGGAAUCGAAGUCGACAUCGGCAAGAGUCUGUACGUCGGAGAUGCCGCAGGACGCCCGGCAAACUGGGCCCCCGGUAAGAAGAAGAAGGACUUCUCCUGCAGCGAUCGCCUGUUUGCUCUCAACGUGGGACUUCCGUUCCACACUCCGGAGGAGAUCUUCCUGGGAUGGAAGACGGCACCGUACAGCCUGCCCGACUUCGACCCUCGCAUGGUGAGCCCCAGCUCCCCUCUGUUCCUCCCGGCCACGGCCACGCUUUGCCACGAGGAGCCGGAGGUGGUGGUGGCGGUGGGAUUCCCCGCAGCUGGGAAGUCGACGUUCUUCAAGGAGCACAUGGUGUCCAAAGGCUACAGCUACGUGAACAGGGACACGCUGGGGAACUGGCAGAAGUGUGUGGCGGCGUGCGAGGAGGCCCUGCGUGGUGGACAUGGGGUCGUGGUGGACAACACCAACCUGGAGGUGGACGCGCGGAAAAGGUACGUGGAUUGUGCACGGAAGGCUGGCGUUCCUUGCCGUUGCUUUCUGUUCACAACGACCUUCGAACACGCGAUGCAUAAUAACCGGUUCCGAGAGGCCGUGGGCAAAGAGCACGUGCCGGUCAACGUGAUGGUGAUGAACGCCAGCAGGAACAAGUACGUUCCGCCCACGGCGGACGAAGGCUUCAGUGAAAUUGUCCGCAUCAACUUUGUGCCCAAUUUCACCGACCCGGAGCUCGGCGCGCUCUACCGCCAGUUCUCAGAGGGUUAGUCCCAGUGAGAGCAAGCGGGGCUCAAUUCCCCGGACCACGGCAACCGCUGACCGGCGACGGCGGGGAGGCGGGGGGCAGCAGUGGUAAUUUAGUAAGUGAACGCUGUUGAUGAAAAUUAUGAGCUUGUUUUCAAUUCCGGUGGCAACGGUGGCAACGGGUGGACGAGAAUCGUGGGCAAUGACUACGACUAACCGGUACCAUCACCACCACCAUCAUAUCGAACCAACACCAUCAUCAUUACCACCAUUGUCACCACCACUAUCGUUGUCACUGUCACCGCUAUCAUCACCACCACCACCAUCGACCCAGCAGGGAUUACAGCUAGACUGUGACGAGACAAUUAACGAGUCUGAACGAAAGCCUAAUCAUUAAAUAACUAGAAGUUUUUCAUGACAUGUUUGACUGCUGUAGUAAACAAGGACUAAGAGAAUAACUCCAUGAGGUACACCGACUGAGACGGCUUGACUGUGCCAUCGACCGAGCUAUUACGAUGACUGAAAUAACAAACGCCGAUUAGGCUUUGAAAAGGUAAGUGCGUUGAACGAUCAUGAAGUGAAUCGGCAGCCCCUUCGGCUUUCAGGCGCUCCGAAUUAUUUCUGGCAGCGAUCACGUAAUGAUUAUGCAAUCGUCACGCAUGUCCACGUGUUGCCGUCGACACCAAUCCGCUGCUGGAUGAAGGCCGUGCCGUGCCGUGCCGGUGACGUGAACUCACCAGGACUGUGUAGGCCUCAACGGGGGAUGUUUGAUAGCCCUGGAGAGGAGAGUGCUGGAAGAAGAUGGUUUCUAGACUCUUGGAAGACAUUUGGGGCUAAGUAUGUACGCAUGCGUGUUGGACUUCUUUCGCACCGUACGUAAUCAACCGCGCUGAUCGGAGGUGUCGGGGGAAGGGCAGCAAACUAAACGCACAAAACAGUUCUAAAGAUGUGAGUUUGUCAAUCGAGAUGAUGGCUCCGGUGGCGUCUUAAUAUCGGAAGGAAGAGCGUUCCAGACGGACGCACAAGCGCAUCUGAAAGCGCCGCGCGACGCGGUCAUCACCGUCUCUGUUCGAUGGCCGAGCUAAAAGCCGGUGCUUCUGCAAGGAUGAGCGGAGUUGGCGUGAUGAUGGUUCAUGCUCCUUGUUAUUCGGAGGUGCGAGAAAUUGUGAAACGGACAAAAACAAAUUGCAUUUCGUGUCAUAAAGCUAUCAGCCUUAUCCAAACCACCAGCUGAAAAGAACUGAAUGUUUGGUCAUUUUGUGAGGGAGUUGAGAAGGUGAGGCCAGUCCCAACGGAGGUGGGGGCGGUGAUAAGGAGACACAGCCGAUGACCGUUUUCACCUCCGUUAAGACUUCAUGAGUGGAGGCACAGUCAUCAAUGAGAAUAACAACAUUUGGCUUUAACCCUUUCUGGAAAUAAAGCAGAAGGUGUUAAGAUGUUCAAACACCAAAUAGAUAACUUCUGCAAGGCAUCAAGUCUGCAUUAACCGCACGUACUUGUGGCAAGACACGUAAACAAACACGCUCGAUCACCAAAUAGAUACCUGGUCUAACACUGGUGGUGAGACUAGGCCAUCAAGAAGAAGGCCGUCUCUGGCGUAGGCCAAUCAGUUUCAAAGACAACGCAUACAUUAUCAGAUACCUUGCAAUAGGUGUUUGGUGUGUGCACAUCUUAACACCUGUUUGAUUGCCAGAAAGGGGUAAAGCCUGUUCUUAUUUUUUCAUUAUUGAUACAUUACAGGGACUCCUCUACUCUUGAACAUUCAACUUACGAACUUUCAGAGUUAUGUUGUUGCCCGUUCGGACCGAGAGCCGUAAGUUCAACCGCCGCGCAAUAGGUGGCGGUGGUGGCAUCUACAUCUGCAGAACGUGAAGAACCAGCGGCAUCUACAGGAGAUCGUACAACUUUUAAAGGCAUUCCCCGUGUUUCAGUGUACACACGCCGUACGACGUGUUUGGAAUCGAUGGGAGUAAAGUUGGGACUUACGAACAGACCUCUGGAACCUGAGUCGUUCGUAAGGAGAGGAGUCCCUGUGCUGGCAAAAAGGCCCCAUAGACACGGUGAUCGGUGUUCACUGCUGCCAUGAUUCCUCCGGUGGAGCCCGGUAUAUGGAGAGGCCUUUGCACUGUGGUGGGAGGCAGGGGACCCCAUUAGCCACGGGCCGUUUGUCCAGGACGAAGAGAACCCAUAACAGCAGUAAAGUCUCUUUGCAUCCGGCCUGCAUGAGUGCCACGGUGACGAGAUGUUAACUACCUCGCCUGGUAUACAUGAGGUCGUGGGUUCGGACCCGAUCGUGACGAUGCCUGCUGUAUAUUUGGAGUUUGUGUCUCUCUCGCCCCGCGAGCGCGUGGAUUUUCCUCCGGAUCCUCCGGUUUUUCCCUCCACGUUUUUUGAAUCAACAUCACGUGUGUUAGAGCAUUUAGCUGCUAUCAAUUCCCACGUGGCGAUAAGCCGCCUCUUCGUUGAGCUAUGAUUUAUGGGAGCCAGGUCAAAAAGAGCUACGUAGCUCAGUGGGCCUUACCCGCUAAAAUAAAAAUAGUAUGGAAGUAGUGUUUCUAUUAUGGGUUCUCUUCGUCUGUUGCUGAUUCGAAUUUAAAUAGUCACAGGCAAGAGGAAACUUUAGUUUUUUUAUGAGCCCAGACCUCGCUAGGCAUGUCACUUGCCCGGUACCACCUGAGCUGGCUUCUUUUCAGCGGUUCCAAUUUCUGUGUGUGGCCAAAUAAACGGCGAGUUAUGCGGUUAACCGCGCGGAAUUGGCGGGUUUGCCCAGAAUUGACUCGGCGUGCGUCAAUAAAUGGGCACGACUGAAGUUGUGCUGCCUCGAUUGGUACCAACGUCUGCUCCGGCCCAUGGGUUACUUCCUCACUCCCGGACCUGGGCUUGCAAGUCCCUCUUGAAACAGAUUAUCGUGACUCGGCGACGCCUUCACGGUUAACAGCGCGAUGACAAGUCCUGCGUUGUCUGCGGUUUCUGCUCAUUCACGCCACAAAUGCACCGUUGUGAAUAGAGGCUUGAGAAAACAGCAGCAGCAGCAAUGAUCUAUCCACUGCUGGAUGAAGGCCUCCCAGCCGCCGUGGUCUCGCGGUGCAACGCGGUUGAGUCUUAUCGAGUGGGUUCGGUUUUCUCGCGUCUCGCCUGUGCAUCGUCGUCUACGUUGAGCUCACAGCCUCUAGCGGUUAUUGAGAUGUGCACUGGUGGCAUUCUUAAACGUGUUUCAUCGUCAGCCACGGUCAAUCCACUGCUGGAUGAAGGCCUCCGCAAGCUACCGCCACCUUUUUAACGGUCCUUGCGAUGUAGUUGAGCCACCCGACGCCGCCUGAUUCCAUCGCUCCACCUCCUCGGUGGACGACCCUACGUGUAUCUGGAUUACAAAACAUUUACACAAACGUCGUGACACAUUGAAUCGAUAAGGCUUUUGUUUCGUUGACACAUGUCCAUGAAGUAAAAAACAACAAGAACCGUGACACAAAAAUAUAAAUUAAAAUAAAAGCUGCACUGAUCCUG